AUGAGGUAUUACGUGCCAGCUACGAAGUGGAUGGUGGAAUACAAGCUCGAGUCUCUAUGGGGCGACACAGUAGCCGCGAUAACAGUAGCAGCAGUCAUCAUCCCCCUCUCACUGUCCUACGCUUCCUCUCUCGCACACGUAGACCCCUUCUCCGGCCUUUUCGCAGCCGCCAUCCAGCCGCUCGUCUACUCCCUCCUCGGCAGCUGCGCGCACCUCUCCGUCGGACCUGAGGGAUCUCUUUCCCUCCUGGUGGGCCAAGCGAUCCAGAGAGUGUGGCAUGAUGAUCCUCACUCGGGGGACGACUUUGCAGAGAUCGCAGCUGAGGUAGCGACGAUGAUCACUUUCCAAGUUGGGGCGAUUAGUCUCUUGCUAGGCCUGCUCAGGCUGGGGUUUAUAGAUGUCGUCCUUAGCCGGAGUCUGUUGAGGGGGUUUGUCACUGCUGUUUCUUUGGUCAUCGUCAUAGAACAGCUUGUGCCAAUGCUAGGUCUCCAAAGCAUCUACGCCAACGUCGACCUCCACACAGCGCUCGACAAGCUCAUAUUCCUCCUCCAGCACCUAGGCUCCUCGCAUAUCCCCACGACCAUCCUCAGCCUAUGCAGUAUGGCAUUCCUCAUCCUCACGCGCACUGUCAAGACGCACUAUAAAAAACGGUUCACGCCGCUGAUGUACCUUCCCGAGAUCCUCAUCUGUGUUGUCGUCACUACGAUCCUGUGUGGCACACUUGACUGGCAAUCCCGAGGAAUCGAAGUGCUCGGCCCAGUCUCCAUCUCCCAACGGAAAUCCUUCCUCGCUCUUCCCCUACAACGCAAAAACCUGCGAUUCUUCAAACAAACCUUCCCAACCGCCAUCUUCUGCUCCAUAAUAGGCUUCAUCGAUUCCGUCGUAGCCGCAAAACAGAACGCACAGCGUUUCCGUUAUUCUGUCAGUCCGAACCGGGAACUCACUGCCCUCGGGGCGGGGAACGUCGUUGCGAGCUUUGUGCCGAGUACGCUGCCGGCUUAUGGCGCGAUUACGAGGAGCAGGCUGGCAGCGGACACUGGAGGAAAGACACCUAUGACGAGCUUGAUCCUCAGUGUCAUCGUCCUCCUCUCCAUAAGGUUCCUCUUGCCGGCACUGUACUUCCUGCCCAAGGCGGUCCUGGCAUGCAUUAUCUGCCUCGUCGUGUACACCAUCAUCGCCGAGAUGCCGGAAGACAUCCUCUUCUACUGGAAGAUGAGCGCUUGGAGCGAUAUGAUCCUCAUGCUGCUAACGUUCUUCCUCACCCUCGUCUGGUCCGUAGAAGUAGGCAUAGGGAUCCCUUUCGCACUCACGAUCCUCCUCGUCAUACGUCAGUCCUCACAGCAGAGGAUAAAGAUCAUGGCCCGCGAACCGGGCACGACGCACUACGUGCCUAUCGACGAGGACUUCCCCAUGGAACUGGAGGAUACGAGCGGGGUGCUCGUUGUCCGCAUAUGUGAGAACCUGAACUUUGUGAAUACCGGGUCGAUGAAGGAACGGCUCAGGAGACUGGAACUGUACGGGAAUAGUAAACAUCAUCCGUCUGAUGCGCCCGUACGAGCAGAAGCGGUUGCUGUCGUCUUCCAGCUCGCAGACGUAGAAGAGAUGGACGCGUCCGCCGUCCAGAUCUUCCGCGAACUAGCAGAAACAUACUCCAGCCGCGGCGUCUGCGUGUGCUUCGCACGUGUGAGACCGGCACAGAUGUCAGCUCUGAGGAAAGCGGGAGUGGUCCUGUUUUUGGGGGAGGACCAUUUUUUUCCUACUACGGCGGCUGCGGUGGGGUUUGUGGAGAGGGAGAGGCAUGGGGAGCGCUGA